CCAGCGGGUGCCCCGGAAGCACUCUCCGCAGCAACUUCCGGGAGAGGUUUGUAAGCCUGGUGCGGGAGCUUCGGGCGGUAAGACAGUUUCAAGUAGCGGCGGACCAAUAUGUCCCGUGGUUCCAGCGCCGGUUUUGACCGCCACAUUACCAUUUUUUCGCCCGAGGGCCGGCUCUACCAAGUAGAAUAUGCUUUUAAGGCUAUUAACCAGGGUGGCCUUACAUCAGUAGCUGUCAGAGGGAAAGACUGUGCAGUAAUUGUCACACAGAAGAAAGUACCAGACAAAUUAUUGGAUUCAAGCACAGUGACUCAUUUGUUCAAGAUAACUGAAAACAUUGGUUGUGUAAUGACUGGAAUGACAGCUGACAGCAGGUCCCAGGUACAGAGGGCACGCUACGAAGCAGCUAAUUGGAAAUAUAAGUAUGGCUAUGAGAUUCCUGUGGACAUGCUAUGUAAAAGGAUUGCUGAUAUUUCUCAAGUCUACACACAGAAUGCUGAAAUGAGGCCACUUGGUUGUUGUAUGAUUUUGAUUGGUAUAGAUGAAGAACAAGGCCCUCAGGUGUACAAGUGUGACCCUGCAGGUUAUUACUGUGGGUUUAAAGCUACUGCAGCAGGAGUUAAACAAACGGAGUCAACCAGCUUUCUUGAAAAAAAAGUGAAGAAGAAAUUUGACUGGACAUUUGAACAGACUGUUGAAACUGCAAUUACAUGUUUGUCUACUGUCCUAUCAAUUGACUUCAAACCUUCAGAGAUAGAGGUUGGAGUGGUUACAGUUGAAAAUCCUAAAUUCAGGAUUCUUACAGAAGCAGAAAUUGAUGCUCAUCUUGUUGCUCUAGCAGAGAGAGACUAAACUUGUCAUUAGUUUACCACAUCCAUAUGCCAAUUGCCUAUGUGUUUGGUAACAGCAGACCACCAUUAUAGAGGCCCCUGGAUUGAAAAAGGAUCCUCUCCCACUCCUGCCACUUAAUGUGGUUAGGACUCUGUAUAAAUAAAACCAGUGCUUUUGGAAAAUAA